AUGGUGGACUCCAAUUCGCACACAAUCUGCCUUGCAUUCGCAAGGAGUAAAAGGCCCUUCUUACGGACUCCUACAUCGAAAUUUGAAAGAGGUUAUCAAUUUGAGAAAAGAGAGCAUGAGCAGUCCCAUGGGAUUAUGCCAUCCAUCCUUCUUGAUUCAAAGCUUCUAAAUGAAAUCACUAAUGUCAUCAACCAUAUUGGUGCAGGGAAGAAUUUCUUUAGGUGGAAAGGUAGUCUGGCACGAUUGGUUGUCACUGAACCUGAACUGAUUAAAGAGAUAUUGAACCAUAAAGAUGGAAAUUACCUCAAAGCUGAGUUGAAACCUUAUAUAAAGAAGCUCUCUUGGGAUGGACUUGGGACGACCAAGGUCUAUCGCAGUGCUGAUAAGACGAACCUGCUAACAAUAGAUGACUUGAUUGACGAGUGCAAAAGCUUUUGCACUGAAGGACAAGAGACAAUGAGAAAUUGGCAGCAAAAAGUGAGGAACGAAGUACUCGAACUGUUUGGGCAACAGAAUCCAAGUCCAGAAGGCAUCUCAAGAUUGAAGACCAUAUGGGCAGAUGAUGUUCGUAUUUUCAAGCCUGAGAGGUUUGCAGAAGGGGUGGCAAAAGCCACAAAAAGUAACAUUUCAGCAUUUCUGCCAUUUGGUAUGGGACCUAGAAAUUGUGUGGUAAUGAACUUUGCAUAUAAUGAAAAAAAGAUUGCACUCUCAAUGAUUCUCCAGCGGUACAGGAUCACCCUAUCACCUGAUUGUGUCCGUUCACCACUUCUCCUUCUUGGAAUGUGCCAACAGCAUGGAGUUCAAGUCAUGAUCCAGGCAAUGUGA